UUUAGACAGCACCCUCGGAGCUUCAUCCUCGAUCGCUUCUUCUGCCAUGACAGACUCCCAGACUCCUGCUCUCUUUCGCCCUAUCCGCGUCGGAGAACUUCAGCUGCAGCACCGCGUUGUUCUGGCGCCGAUGACUCGCGUCCGUGCUCACAACGAUCACGUCCCCGGCCCUCACGCCGCCGAGUACUACAGCCAACGCACCUGCACCCACGGCACGCUUCUCAUCACCGAUUCGACGUCCAUCUCCCCAAAGGCUGGAGGUCUUCCUUACCUCCCGGGCGUCUGGUCGGAGCCGCAGAUUGCCGCGGGCGCCGACGUCCGCAUACUUGCGGCCGAAGGCGGCUUCCCCCUUGUCGGGCCGUCCGAUAUUCCCAACACGGACCAUAUUCCCGGAGGCGGGGGCGUGCCGCGUCCGCUGACCACUCAAGAGAUCAAGGAAUAUGUUGAGAUGUUCGUGAUAGCGGCCAAGAACGCCAUGCAAGCCGGAUUCGACGGCGUCGAGAUCCACGGCGCCAACGGCUGGCUCAUCGACCAAUUCCUGCAGGACGUUUCCUAUAACCGCACAGACGAAUACGGUGGGAGCGUCGAAAACAGGUCUCGCUUCGCUCUCGAGGUCGUGGACGCCGUUGUUGCCGCUAUCGGCGGCUCACAUACUUACCCCAUUCCCGAGAAAGACCUCAGCGCGUUCGGCGACGUGCAUAUCCAUCGCCUGUGCAAUGAAUUUCUCUUCAGCCGUCAGCUCUAG